UUUCAGGCACUUGUUAAUUGUUAAUUUCAAUACUUGCAUCCACUCGUCAUGAAUGCAUCGAACGGUCUUACUUGCCUAUGUUGUCAAGCUGUGUUCGGAAAUAGUGAUCUACAACGAGAACAUUAUAAAACAGACUGGCAUCGGUACAACCUCAAACGGAAAAUUACUGGUUUUACUAUUAUCACCGAGGAACAAUUUAGGCAAAAAGUCAUUGCUUACAAAAAAGAGACAACUGCCGAGGAAAGUACAGAGACAAGAAUGAUUAUUUGUAAAUGUUGUGGUAAACAUUUUCAAUCAACAAACGCAUACGAUAAUCAUCUGAGUUCAAGGAAACAUAAAGAAAUUGAAACACGUUCAUUUAAAAGAGACGUCAUGAGGACAACGAACAAAGCGCCAGUCAUGGAAAAGCGGAUAAAUGACCUCCAUUAUAACCAUUUCGAUAAGGUAGACAUUGAAGAAAGUGAUCGUACUAAUGAUGGUAGUAACGAUUGGAUUACUGAUUAUGAUGCUGAUGGCGAAGAUUUCGAUGAAUCCAAGGUUAUUCCGGAAACAGUUUGUUUAUUUUGCAAUUAUGGUUCAAACGAUGUGGAAACAAAUUUAAUACAUAUGAGUGUAUUGCAUGGAUUUUUCCUUCCAGAUGCAGAAUUCUGCACAGACAUUAGCGGCAUGCUGCAUUAUUUAGGUUUAAAAGUUGGUAGUGGUAAUGUGUGCUUGGUGUGUAAUGAGCGGAAAAAAUUCUGCUCAUUAGAUGCAUGUCAGAAACAUAUGCGCGAUAAGGGACAUUGCCGUGUUGCCCGCAGUGUGGAGGAAAUGAUCGAGUUUGAGGACUUUUAUGAUUAUAGUUCCAUAUAUCCAGAAGAAGACGUUGAUAAAUCUUCUAUCGUUUUAAUGGAUGACGGAUAUACACUUACUUUGCCAUCUGGCGCAAUAAUUGGACAUCGUUCGUUACUACGUUAUUAUAGACAGCGUUUGAAGCCGAUGGAAUAUGAAACUAGAAGUGGUCGUCAAAGAAAAGAGAUUCUCAAAAAAGCGACAAUUGAGCAAUAUAAAGAGCUGAGUUGGAAGGGAACAUCUGCAACACUAGCAGUGCAACGGGCGAAGGCUGUGCGAUAUAUGAAGAAAAUAGAUUCUAAAAAUUGGAUUAAAUUAGGCCUUAAUAAUAACCGCUUGUUUAAAUCACGUGGUAGAAGUGAUCAGUAGAAGUAAUCGUGGUAGAAGUGAUCAGUUUUUAAUUUUCCAACGGAAUUUGUAAUAUAGCCG